AUGGCGGAUCCAAAGCAAGGUGCAACGGUGGCGAAAGGGCACGAAGAAGCGAUGAAGAUGGCGGUAUCCCUCCUGAAGGAGUUCGGGCUGCCGGAAGGGAUGUUGCCGCUGGAGGAAAUGGUGGAGGCCGGCUACGUGAAGGAAACGGGAUACUUCUGGAUCGUGCAGAAGAAGGGGACGAAGCACCUGUUCAAGAUGAUCAGCAAGCAGGUGAGCUACGACGCCGAGAUCAGCGGGUACAUCGAGAAGAACAAGGCGAAGAAGAUGAAAGGUGUGAAAGCCAAGGAGCUGAUGCUGUGGCCUCCGGUCAACGAGAUCGUCGUCGACGAUCCGCCUACCGGGAAAGUUCACUUCAAGAGCCUUGGUGGCAUCACCAAGACUUUCCCUGUCCAGGCUUUUGCCGCCGGCCAGUGUUGGAAACCGAACAGAAAAUAG